UCCCCUCCCUCACUCCUAGAGAUAGACGCUCAAGCCUGACGCCUCUGAAAACGCAGCAGCAGUCGCCUUAGAGCCAGAGACCUCGGGAAAUUCUCUUUGACCGAUGCAUGCUUCUGGCUCUGCCAAGAGCUAAAAGGAAAAUCCAAGCAGGCAGAUUUCUGGGUAACUAAAAAAAACAGAGCAAAAACAAAAACCAAAACAACACAUCGACAUGCACCUAAGUUGAGCUUGGCCUUGCAUGGAAGGAGGGAAAAGAAGAGGAGCUGUUGAGCUUUAUAAUUAAAGGCGCUCUCUUUCUAUUUGACAGCUUUUGGGCCUCAAUCCCACUGUUUGGGAGACGAAGAAAAAAAGGGGAAUUUAAAAAAAUAGCUUGGGAAGUCAUGAGCAAGGAGGCUAACAUUCUGCCCUGGCUGCAGUGGGACCAAUGUUUUGUGAUCUGACAGAACAAUCUCUAUUGGCAGGCAAGUUUGGAAUUGAAAAUUGAUGUUCUAAAGAAGAUAAGGAACUUUCUUCCCCUUAUUGGGGACUCUCCAGCUUGGGGCUAAUAUGUGAAGAUAUGCAUAUGCAGGCAUGUGGAAAUAUUAAUAGCAGGUUGUCAAACAUCUGAGAAGUUUUGUGUUUUAUUUUGUUUUUCCUACACAUCUGUCCUGUCUCCACCACCAGAAGAAUCUGAAGGAUUGUUGCAUUUGGGAGUGAAAACAUCUGCUGACUCAUUCAUUGAACCAACAGCCCAUAUCUUCUACCUAAGUGAUCAGCAUUUUUCCUUGCUUUGUUCUUGACAAAGUUUUUAGCAUAUUUCCUCAAGUGUAUCUGCACUUUGGCCUGGAAGUUCAGUGGCUAUACUAUACCAGUAGGGCUGACAUUUUCCAGUGGGGUAGAGUGAGAAGCUUUUGGAAAAAGAAGAAAAAACAGGGUACCUGGUAAAGGAGGGAGCAUUCAUACUCCAACCAUUUUCUUUCCUAUUCCUAUCACCUUUUAUUCCCUGACCCCCUCCCUGAUUCCACCUUAGGGUGUCCAGGAAGAUUUUGAACCUGUCCUCCCCUGUGUCUCCGCGCCGCACCCCAGCCCCGAGCAUGGGGACGGCGCUGCUCCAGCGUGGGGGCUGCUUCCUUGUAUGCCUCUCACUCCUACUUCUGGGGUGCUGGGCAGAGCUGGGCAGUGGGCUGGAGUUCCCAGGGGCUGAUGGCCAGUGGACACGAUUCCCCAAGUGGAAUGCCUGCUGUGAGAGUGAGAUGAGUUUCCAGCUGAAGACCCGAAGUGCCCGGGGCCUAGUUCUCUAUUUUGAUGAUGAGGGUUUCUGUGACUUCUUAGAGCUGAUCCUUACCAGAGGUGGCCGGCUGCAGCUCAGCUUUUCAAUCUUCUGUGCUGAGCCUGCAGUACUCUUGUCGGAUACACCAGUCAAUGAUGGUACUUGGCACACAGUGCGGAUUCGCCGCCAAUUCCGAAACACAACUUUGCUCAUCGACCAAACAGAGGCUAAGUGGGUGGAGGUCAAGUCGAAGCGACGUGAUAUGACAGUAUUCAGUGGCCUGUUUGUGGGUGGCCUACCUCCAGAACUACGGGCUGCAGCACUCAAGUUGACAUUGGCCUCAGUGAGGGAGCGGGAACCCUUCAAAGGGUGGAUUCGUGAUGUGCGGGUGAACUCAUCCCAGGCCUUGCCAGUGGAGAGUGGCGAGGUGAAACUGGAGGAUGAGCCUCCCAGUAGUGGUGGGGGGAGCCCCUGUGAGGUUGGGGAGGAGGGCGAGGGAGGCGUGUGCCUCAAUGGAGGGGUCUGCUCCGUGGUCGAUGACAAAGCGGUGUGUGACUGCUCCCGAACUGGCUUCCGCGGCAAGGACUGCAGCCAAGAAGACAACUAUGUGGAAGGUCUGGCGCACCUGAUGAUGGGCGACCAAGGUAAAAGUAAAGGAAAAGAAGAAUAUAUUGCGACCUUCAAGGGAUCAGAAUACUUCUGCUAUGACUUGUCCCAAAAUCCCAUACAAAGCAGCAGUGACGAAAUAACCCUGUCAUUUAAAACUCUUCAGAGGAAUGGACUGAUGCUUCACACAGGGAAAUCAGCUGAUUAUGUCAAUCUUGCCUUGAAAAAUGGAGCCGUCUCCCUGGUCAUUAAUUUGGGAUCAGGGGCCUUUGAAGCGCUUGUGGAACCUGUGAAUGGAAAGUUUAAUGACAAUGCCUGGCAUGAUGUGAAAGUAACCAGGAAUCUGCGUCAGCACUCAGGCAUUGGACACGCUAUGGUAAACAAACUACAUUGUUCGGUGACAAUAUCAGUGGAUGGAAUUCUUACCACAACGGGCUACACCCAAGAAGACUAUACCAUGCUGGGUUCUGAUGACUUUUUCUAUGUUGGAGGCAGUCCCAGCACAGCAGACCUCCCAGGGUCACCAGUCAGUAACAACUUUAUGGGCUGCCUCAAGGAGGUUGUAUACAAAAAUAAUGAUGUCAGGCUGGAAUUAUCUCGGCUUGCCAAACAGGGAGAUCCUAAGAUGAAGAUACAUGGAGUAGUGGCAUUUAAAUGUGAGAAUGUUGCGACAUUGGACCCAAUCACCUUUGAGACACCAGAGUCUUUCAUUUCUCUCCCCAAGUGGAAUGCCAAGAAAACAGGCUCCAUAUCAUUUGACUUCCGUACCACAGAACCUAAUGGGCUUAUCCUCUUUAGCCAUGGCAAGCCAAGACACCAAAAGGAUGCCAAAAACCCCCAAAUGGUAAAGGUUGACUUCUUUGCUAUUGAAAUGCUGGAUGGCCAUCUGUACCUAUUGUUGGAUAUGGGAUCGGGUACUAUCAAAAUAAAAGCUUUGCAAAAGAAGGUGAAUGAUGGAGAAUGGUAUCAUGUGGACUUUCAGAGAGAUGGACGGUCAGGUACCAUUUCCGUCAACACAUUACGUACACCCUACACAGCCCCAGGAGAGAGUGAGAUCCUAGACCUGGAUGACGACCUGUACCUUGGAGGUUUGCCAGAAAACAAGGCGGGCCUCAUUUUCCCAACUGAAGUGUGGACUGCUCUUCUCAACUACGGCUACGUGGGCUGCAUCAGGGAUUUGUUUAUCGACGGUCAGAGCAAAGACAUCCGACAAAUGGCUGAGGUUCAGAGCACCGCUGGAGUCAAGCCUUCUUGCUCGAGAGAAACAGCAAAGCCGUGCCUUAGCAACCCAUGUAAAAACAAUGGCAUGUGUAGGGAUGGGUGGAACAGAUAUGUCUGCGAUUGUUCUGGGACAGGCUACCUUGGCAGGUCCUGUGAGAGAGAGGCAACUGUCUUAAGUUAUGAUGGAAGUAUGUUUAUGAAAAUCCAACUUCCUGUGGUGAUGCACACAGAGGCAGAGGACGUGUCCUUAAGGUUCCGAUCCCAGCGGGCCUAUGGCAUUCUAAUGGCAACCACAUCUAGAGAUUCUGCAGAUACUCUCCGCUUAGAGCUCGAUGCAGGGCGUGUGAAACUGACGGUCAACCUAGAUUGUAUCAGGAUUAACUGUAAUUCCAGCAAAGGUCCCGAGACCCUUUUUGCUGGCUAUAACCUCAAUGAUAAUGAGUGGCACACAGUGCGUGUGGUUCGACGAGGAAAAAGUUUAAAGUUAAUGGUGGAUGAUCAGCAAGCCAUGACUGGCCAAAUGGCAGGAGAUCAUACAAGGCUGGAAUUCCACAACAUAGAAACUGGAAUCAUAACAGAGCGGCGGUAUCUGUCCUCUGUCCCCUCCAAUUUCAUUGGCCACCUGCAAAGCCUGACUUUUAAUGGAAUGGCAUAUAUUGACUUGUGUAAAAAUGGCGACAUAGACUACUGUGAGCUAAAUGCCAGAUUUGGCUUCAGAAACAUCAUAGCAGAUCCUGUCACUUUCAAGACCAAAUCAAGUUAUGUUGCCUUAGCUACAUUGCAAGCAUACACCUCUAUGCAUCUUUUUUUCCAAUUCAAGACAACAUCCCUAGAUGGAUUGAUUUUAUACAAUAGUGGCGAUGGAAAUGACUUUAUCGUGGUUGAAUUAGUUAAAGGGUACUUGCAUUAUGUCUUUGACUUGGGAAAUGGUGCUAACCUCAUCAAAGGGAGCUCAAAUAAGCCACUGAAUGACAACCAGUGGCACAAUGUGAUGAUCUCCAGGGACACCAACAAUCUCCACACAGUCAAGAUUGAUACAAAAAUCACCACUCAAAGUACAGCAGGAGCCAGGAAUUUAGACCUGAAAAGUGACUUGUAUAUAGGAGGAGUUGCCAAAGAAAUGUACAAAUCAUUGCCAAAAUUAGUCCAUGCCAAGGAAGGUUUUCAAGGAUGUCUGGCAUCAGUGGAUUUAAAUGGACGGCUCCCUGACCUCAUCUCUGAUGCUCUUUUUUGCAAUGGACAGAUAGAAAGAGGAUGUGAAGUUGCAUUGAUGAAAGCUGACUUGCAAGGGCCCAGUACCACUUGCCAAGAGGACUCCUGUUCCAACCAAGGUGUAUGCUUGCAACAGUGGGAUGGAUUCAGCUGUGACUGCAGCAUGACCUCUUUCAGUGGCCCGCUAUGCAAUGACCCUGGAACAACGUAUAUCUUUAGCAAAGGAGGUGGACAAAUCACAUACAAAUGGCCUCCUAAUGACCGGCCCAGUACACGUGCAGACAGACUGGCCAUAGGGUUUAGCACGGUUCAGAAAGAAGCUGUAUUGGUACGAGUGGACAGUUCUUCAGGGCUCGGUGACUACUUAGAGCUACAUAUUCACCAGGGAAAGAUUGGAGUUAAAUUUAAUGUCGGAACAGAUGACAUCGCCAUCGAAGAGGCCAAUGCAAUCAUUAAUGAUGGGAAAUACCAUGUAGUACGUUUCACGAGGAGUGGCGGUAACGCUACGUUACAGGUGGACAGCUGGCCGGUGAUCGAGCGUUAUCCUGCAGGAAACAAUGAUAACGAGCGCCUGGCGAUUGCUAGACAGCGAAUUCCAUAUCGACUUGGUCGAGUAGUUGAUGAAUGGCUACUCGACAAAGGGCGUCAGCUCACAAUCUUCAAUAGCCAAGCAACCAUUAUAAUUGGCGGGAAAGAGCAGGGCCACCCCUUCCAGGGCCAGCUGUCUGGUCUUUACUACAAUGGCUUGAAAGUUCUGAAUAUGGCAGCCGAAAAUGAUGCCAACAUCGCGAUAGUGGGAAAUGUGAGACUGGUUGGUGAAGUGCCUUCCUCUAUGACAACCGAGUCAACAGCCACAGCCAUGCAGUCUGAGAUGUCCACAUCCAUUAUGGAAACCACCACCACCCUGGCUACCAGCACAGCCAGAAGAGGAAAGCCCCCUACAAAAGAACCCAUUAGCCAGACCACAGAUGACAUCCUUGUGGCUUCUGCUGAAUGUCCCAGUGAUGAUGAGGACAUUGAUCCCUGUGAGCCGAGCUCAGCCAACCCGACCAGAGCAGGUGGGAGAGACUACCCAGGCUCUGCAGAAGUAAUCCGAGAAUCCAGCAGCACGACAGGCAUGGUCGUUGGGAUUGUAGCCGCUGCGGCCCUGUGUAUCCUCAUCCUCCUUUACGCCAUGUACAAGUACAGGAACCGAGAUGAAGGUUCAUACCACGUAGAUGAGAGUCGAAACUACAUCAGUAACUCAGCACAGUCCAAUGGGGCGGUCGUGAAGGAGAAACAGCCUAACAGUGCUAAAAGUUCCAACAAAAACAAGAAAAACAAGGAUAAAGAGUAUUAUGUCUGAUCCUGACAUCCCAAAAGGACACUUGUAUAGAAAUAGUCUUCAUUUUAUCUGAGACAUAAUACAAACUUAUUUACUUUCCUUUUUACGAAGCACAUAUAAAAGAAGACAGGGAAUGCAAUCAGGAAGGAAAGACUGUUUUUAAAAACAAGUAUCUCAUGCUCUUGUUUCUCCAGAAAGCAGGGGCUGAUAAAUUCCCUAACAUCCACAGUGUUUUCAUUUACUCUGCCUGUCUUUAUGUUGCUGGAACAUUUCUAAAAGACAGUGAUGACCCCAUGCACUCAUAAAGCAAAGGAGUAUUAUCACAUCAAGGCACAAUUCAAAACAAAACAAAAUUAAAAAAAGAAGCUACCUAUGAUUCUGGAUUUAGCCAAAGUGCUAGCGCUUUCUUGAGAAGGGAGUCUUAUUGCCAGAGAAGACUCUGCCAUUCGGUCUGACUCAACAUGCAAACCUUAAAGAGUUUGCUGCCUCGUGCACCAGGAGCAGUGAUUGGAGCUUGCAUUGGAGACGAAGUGCUGGCUUUUUUGAAGACUUGUGUUAGAACACUUUCAAAAAGCCCCUUUCUGGUUGUAAGGGAAAAAAAGUAUGGAGGCCUUAUUUUCCAGUAUGUGAAAUAUAAGGCACAUUUUCACACUAAAAUUAAAACAAAACAAAAACAAGAGGGCAUAGAUGCAAUCAUUUGGGAAAUUUUCAUGCACGCUUAAUAUGUUAUUACAUAUGUUUAUAUAAAACACAUCUAUGUGUGCUUUCUGGACUGUGAUAAGUGAUGUUUUAUAGCCUGUUGUAUAGACAAUGCAAUCUAUAUCUCUGCUCUUCAGCCAUUUUUGGUCGAUUCAAUGUUAUAAGUGUUGCUAGGUAUAGAGAGUUUUAUGACAUCUGGAGCACCAAACCUAUUUCAGUUUUUUGCUGCCAUUAUAAAUUGCCACAAUUUUUUCUUUUCCUUCUUUUUUUAAUUUUACAGUGUAGUGAUUAUUCUAAGGGGGAUAUGUAUGAAUGUAUAUACAAAGAGUCAGCUAAUUUUUUUCUUACUUGUACAGCUUCUAUUCUGUUGCAAAUGAGUUUUAGUAGUUUGUAUGAGAGCUGUGGAUUAGAAGGCAAAAUACAUACAUAUAUAGUAUAUAUCUCUUGUAAUUGUCCUCUCUCCCCUAUUCUAUACCUCUCAAAUCUGUUAUUAACCAUUGGAAUCAGUCAAAUUUGAUGGUAGACCCAAACAUUCAUAAUUACUCAACAUUUACUAACAGAGAGAAAAAUGGGAGGGGUGGGUAGAUGGGUCGAUCAAGGUGUUGUUGCUGAAUGGUGUGGUUUGCUUCAUUAAAAUUUUGCUCCCAGGAAAUUCUGAGAAAAUUGUAGUCCCUUACUAAUCUGAAACCUGUCACACAGAAUUUCACCAGUGGACUGUUCCUGCAGGUGAGAAUCAUUGUGGGGGCAGGUAACAGAAGCAAAAAUGAUUUAUCUCUAUCUUAACCCUGGCUGCUGCAAUCGAAAACUUUCAUUUCUAAUUUAAAACAAAAGAUAUAUAUUCUCUGAACUUGAAGUGCAUGUUAAAGAUUUUUGAAAAGUGGGCACUUUUUUUCCUAUAAGAAAGUAUUUUAAACAACUUUGGAUUCUGUAUUACUAGAUAUCCUAAAAGAUCAUAUAUUAGUUGACCAUUAAGAUUAUGUUUUAAAACAACUUUUAAAAUUAUGCUUAUGUCAUUAAUAAACAUUUUAUUAGUUUAACCCAUAUUAAGUAUUAGGAUGGUAUAGAUUAUACACAAGGCUUUUUUUACAUAUUCAGUGAAGAUCACAGCAAUAAAUUAUUUAUUAUAAUACGGUAAUGCAAAGAAAAUCUAUUAUUGGGCUGAAAAGAGGUACUUCAUUAGAACUCAGUUGCAUUACUUGAACGCCUCCUGGAAGAAAUAUGGAUGUUUAAGUUUUAUAAAAUAGAAACAUGAUUUUAAAAUUAGCUUUAAACAGGGGCGACAAUGCAGCACAGUAUCAUGUUUAUUUCUUGUUCUUGCUGAUGAAGAAGGCUGAGUAGUGGCAUAGGUAUGCUUCUCAAACAGAACACCAUCAACAUGUUUAAUUGGAAAUGAACUGUUGCUUUUAAGGGUUUCUAACAAAGUGUUAGGUGGAGAGAUCUUUUGGUUGGAAAAUGAUUCCUAAGAUAUUGAUAGUAGGAGGCAUGAAAUUAAAUCUGAAAUAUCCAUUAAUUUUACUUUAAAAAACCUGCCAACCGGUGGAAUUCCCAAAUUAUUACAUUUGUCAUUCACCCUUACUCAGGGAAAGCCAAUGAAAUAGGAAGGUAAACAUUAACCUAAGUAGUUUACAGCCUGAGGGUUUAAAAAAAAAUUUGCUCUUCCAUAGAACUCCUGAACUUCAAAUAUUUCCCAUUCAAAACUUAUCUUGCAAUUUAAUCAGAAUGGAUUGCCUAUGAUGAUUGUAAGGCAGUGCAAAUAGCAGGGACAGGAAUUGGGGCUGAUUAGAAGGUGUCUUUUCAGUGACAUUUGACCAGAAUUUCUUUCCAUAAAAUUACAAAUUCAGUGUGACCUGAUAAAUCCAGCAAAGUGUAUUCCUGAUGUUGUUAGCAAACAUAAAAUUUCACAUUAUUUCUUAGUUUUCUUCUCAAUACAAAAAAGGGGAAAAAAGCAUAACUAUCUACAUACCAGAAGUACCAGGGUUCCAUUUGUAGCCUUUGCUAUUAUUUUACUGUUUCAAACUACCUGACAUCAAUUUGGUUACAUCUCAAGACUGUAAUUUGUCUGAUUGAGGAGGCUUCUUUUCUAUUCAUGUAAUAUGUUGCCUUUUUUUAAACAGAACACUAAAAUAAUGUGUGAGAUGGGCCAUCUCCAAAUCAUCAAAGAGGCCAGAUGCCCCUAUCCUUCUAGUGCUUUGUGUGAUUAGAUAUCUAAGGGUUUUUUUCUGUUGCAAGGCCAAUUUAUCCAUUAUUGGAAAUGCUAAGCAAGUGGAAUUUACUGUUUUGUUAAUAAAAUGUUUCUUAAUACAA